AUGGCCGGGUUCGCUUUUUGGCCCCUCGUGGGCGUGUUGGUCGUGGUCUACCUACUCUGGCGAGCACCGGCUUCCAGUUUGAGGCAGGUUCCCACGGUCAGGUACAAGUGGUAUCUCCCGGAUUUUCUCAACCGUAUUCUCUACUAUCCUAAAGCGGCGAGCAUGAUCAGUCGAGGAUAUCACAAGUACAAGGAUACUCCCUUCCGCAUCCUCACAGGCGAUGGAGAAGUCAUCGUUUUGCCUGUGAAAUACCAACAUGAACUGAGACAUCUGCCGCCGUCGAAACUCAGUUCUUUACAUGCUCAAUACGAGAAUGCACUGGGAGAGUACACCAAUAUCAGAAUCGAUACUCUUUUGCCUGCCCUGACUGUGCGAAAACGGUUAACGCCCAAUCUAGUCCAUGUCAUUCCCCGGGUUAUCGACGAGCUCAGGGUAGCAUUCGAUACCGUCCUCGCAGGAUGCGAAGACGAUUGGGUCAAAAUCAACCCAGGCGAGAUGUCCACGCGGCUCAUCGCCCUCGCAACAUCCCGCGUAAUGGCCGGUGACAUCCUCCGCCAAAAUGAGGAAUGGCUGAAUAUCGCAAGCAGCUAUGCCCACAACGUAGGCAUCACAUUGCUUCUUCUCCGCCCAGUUCCCAAGUAUCUCCGUCCCAUCGUCGCGCGUCUCCUCCCCUGCAUCCGGCAUAUGAAGGAGCAGCUUCGCUUCGCGAAAGACCUCUUCAUCCCGCUAAUCAACGAACGCAAGCAGGCGCAGAAGGCUGACGGUGCGGCUUCCUCCAAGCCAGACGACUUUUUGCAGUGGAUGAUGGAUUUGGGCGAGAGCGAGGGGGAAAACCUCGACCCGGAUUCCCUGGCGCAUCACAUGCUGCUUCUGGUUACACUGGCUGUCACGCACACCAGUACUAUGGCGUUGUGUCACUGUCUCUAUGAUCUGAUUAUGAAGCCCGAAUACAUCGAGCCUCUGCGGGAGGAAAUGCGUCGCACCCUGCCCGAUGGCUGGUACAAGGCAACUCAGGCUUCGCUACAUGAGCAGGCUCGUUUGGAUAGCUUCCUGCGGGAGUCUCAACGCUUCGGUCCGCCCGGUGAAUUAUCCUUCCACCGCAUCGUGAAGGAGCCCAUCACACUCAGUGACGGUCUCACUUUGCCAGUCGAGACACAUGUCUGCUUCCCUUCAGGUCCCAUUAGCAAAGACGACGCAUUCAUUCCAAACCCAUCAGUCUUCGACGGAUUCCGCUGGUGUCAGGACCCUAGCGAUCGUUUUGCCCUGACUCCUGAACUGAAUGGCAGCACUGAGAAGGGCCAGGCUGAGAAGCCUGCGUCUUCUUCACACUUCGUUUCGAUCACACCAGCUCAUAUGCAUUUUGGCUUUGGACGGCAGGCCUGUCCCGGUCGGUUCUUUGCGGCUAAUACCCUGAAAGCAAUCUUGAGCCGUAUUAUCCUGGACUACGAGUUCAAGUUUGUUGACGGGUUGGAGGGGAAGAGACCUGCCAAUCUUGUGGUUGGGGAGCAUAUUCUUCCCAGUAUGAGUGCUGAGAUGUUGUUCCGCAAAAGACCUGUUGGGCUUUGA